CACAGUUCAUAGCUGAGAUGGAGAAAAAACUCACCUGCCACGGAAACGUCACAGAUUUUCCGGCAGAGCUGGAAUACUUGUCCGGCUUCGGCAAUCAUUUUUCAUCGGAGGCGAUCCCCGAAGCUUUACCUCAAGGACAGAACAAUCCUCUGGUGUGCCCUUACGGUCUCUACGCCGAGCAACUUUCAGGAACCUCCUUCACUUCUCCUCGCAAGCUCAAUCAGAGAAGUUGGUUUUAUCGGAUCAAGCCAUCAGUUACACAUGAACCAUUUAAACCUCUCAUUCCAAGCCACAAGAAGCUUGUGAGUGAGUUUAACCAGUCUAACAGCUCCACCAAUCCUACCCAACUGCGGUGGAAGCCUCCACAAAUUCCUGAUUCACCCACUGAUUUUAUUGAUGGAUUGUACACGAUGUCUGGGGCUGGUAGUUCAUUCCUUCGACAUGGAUUUGCUAUUCACAUGUACACUGCCAACAAAUCAAUGGAGAAUUGUGCCUUUUGCAAUGCCGACGGUGACUUCUUGAUAGUGCCCCAAGAAGGGAGGUUGUGGAUCAAAACUGAGUGUGGAAGAUUGCAAGUUUCCCCUGGUGAAAUAGUUGUUUUACCUCAGGGAUUCCGAUUUUCUGUUGACUUGCUAGAUGGUCCAUCACGUGGUUAUGUCGCAGAAGUUUUUGGUACCCAUUUUCAGAUACCUGAUCUUGGCCCGAUAGGUGCUAAUGGCCUUGCUGCCUCAAGGGAUUUUCUUGCCCCUACUGCUUGGUUUGAAGAUAAGAUUUGUCCGGGAUACAUCGUUGUACAAAAGUUUGGUGGUGAACUCUUUACUGCAAAACAAGAUUUUUCUCCUUUCAAUGUUGUUGCUUGGCAGGGUAAUUAUGUACCUUAUAAGUAUGAUCUAAGUAAGUUUUGUCCAUUCAAUACUGUAUUGUUUGAUCAUGGUGAUCCAUCAAUAAAUACUGUAUUGACAGCACCAUCUGACAAGCCUGGUGUUGCGAUUCUUGAUUUUGUCAUUUUCCCUCCACGAUGGUUGGUUGCGGAGCAUACAUUCAGACCUCCAUAUUUCCACCGCAAUUGUAUGAGUGAAUUUAUGGGUCUAAUUUUUGGCAGUUAUGAGGCAAAAGCUGAUGGGUUUCUUCCAGGAGGUGCAAGCCUUCAUAAUUGCAUGAGCCCUCAUGGGCCUGAUACCAACACAUUUGAGGCAACAGUGGCACGUGGAAACGACGCUAAACCUUUCCGAAUAACUGAUACCAUGGCAUUUAUGUUUGAAUCAUGCCUCAUUGCUCGUGUGUGCCCAUGGGCUCUUGAAUCUCCCCACAUAGAUCACAACUACUACCAGUGUUGGAUAGGUUUGAAAUCACACUUCUCAUUGGAAGAAUCAAACCAUAUGAGUAGAGAAAUGCUAAAUGGAAAUUAUGGCAAGAGAAAUGGAAAUGUAGUGGAGAAACUGGCACAGAAAAUGGAGGAUGUUGUUGAUUUGGGAUGCAAAUGAGCUUUUUAAUAGCACUGGCUCUGCUAAAAUAACAACUUGUACAGAAUCCAAUAAAAAUAAAAGUUUCACUGAGGAAACAUUCAAUAUGUGGAAAUGUAGAUAUACAUUUAUAUCCUAGCUUUUAUGGUUAUAAUCUAAGUUAUUUUCUUGCAAUUGUUAGUAAUCCUCAAUAUUGUUCUAA